UCGGGAUCGUGGACCCAAAGGCUAAACCUUUCGGAUUCAUCGAACAUUCAUAGAAACGGUCAACCUAACGGGUAAAAGGUUGCCGAAAAGUCCGGGGAAAAAGUGCUCGAUUCCAGCAUCAAAAUUAAGCGUGUUUAGACUUUCGCUAAAGCAAUAACAAACAAAAUGACUUCGGAGGAUACAGAGCUCCGAAGUAUAGACCUACAGUUUCCACUCAUGAGAGGCAUGUCCAGAAGUGAUCCCAGUUGUACAGCGGAAGAACGAAUAAUGACAGACACAGGUACAAUGGUUGUAGCCGUCCAUGGUGAUAAGAACAAACCAGCUAUAUUCACAUACCACGACAUUGGCCUGAAUCAUGUAACUAACUUCCUCGCAUUUUUUAAUCACCUGGACACAAAAGUUCUGAUGCAGAGCUUCUGUGUCUAUCACAUUAAUGCUCCAGGACAGGAAGAAGAUUCAGCAACGCUGCCACAAGGAUUCACAUAUCCAACAUUGGACACAUUAGCUGAAAUGAUACUCGCAGUUCUGGAACAUUACGGCUUAAAACAUUUUAUUGGUUUUGGUGUUGGAGCUGGUGCAAACAUUUUAAGUCGCUUUGCACUGAUGUAUCCACAAUUUGUGGAUGGUCUUUUCCUUGUAAACUGCGCAUCAACCGCAGCAGGGUGGACAGAGUGGGGAUAUCAGAAACUCAAUACCAUGUACCUUAGGAAUUCAGGGAUGACCGCUUCAACAGAAGAAUAUUUAAUGUGGCAUCACUUUGGAAAGACAGUGCCAACUCGCAGCUAUGACUUAAUUCAGUUAUUUAGGCAUUAUUUCAAGAAAUCUGUAAAUCCAUAUAACCUGUCUCUUUUUAUAGAUUCUUUUAUUCGACGAACUGAUUUACAAAUAGUUCGGGAAACAGAUCCUGCGAAAAAAAGAUGUGUAAGGAAUUUCAGAUGCCACGUCCUAUUGAUGUCCGGUGCCUUCUCUCCCCAUGUUGAAGAUACAGUUACCAUGAAUGGUCGAUUGGAUCCAUCUAAUUCAACAUGGAUGAAAUUAUCAGACUGUGGUAUGCCACUAGAAGAGCGGCCAAAUAAAGUCCGUGAAGCUUUAUAUCUGUUCUUACAAGGAUUAGGAUAUGCUGUAAAUCAAUAUCGAAGACGAUCAUCUGCUGCAUCUACGAGCAAUGAUGCAUUCAAAGUACUUCAAGCUUACAGAAAUUCGAUUGCUUACGACAACCAAGCAAAUCUACUGCCAUCAACCCCAGCAAGCAUUACAACGACAACUUACAAGCAAGAGGUACACAUUGUUGAAAAUCCCAUCGAUCAACACACGGGACCUUAGACAAAAGUCUCACAAAGAGUCUUGGCUUUGAUUUCUGUUUUAUAUUUCUCGCGCCCUAGUAUUUAGAAGUCGAAAUUGCUAGAUGGUUGGAAUAAAUAUUUACAGCAAACACAUACACACGACGAAUGUACACAUUAAUCCAAGAAGGAACUUUAAAACCUUAACAAACGAAUAACGAGUGCCUAGAGAAUGAGUUAUCUAUCCAACCGAUUAUAGUUGCAUCGAUGAUCCAUAGGUUUAGACACAAUGUCUAAGUUUUAUGCAAUACCAGAACUUAAGCAAUGAAUCUAUAUUUUGCUACACAAACAAUACAUAUGUAUUAAAGCUCAUGUUUUGAAUGAAAUCCUUUAUUUGUUUUGCACGUCAGAACUUAUUGUUGAAGUUUUUUGUUUCACUGUGUAAAGAAAGUGUAAAGUUAAAUAGUUUUAAAUGUCUGAUAGGUCUUUAACAAAUUGGGCUCAUAAGUUUUCGAUUUAAUAUCCGGCUUCUGUCUUCCUUUAGAAAUAAACAAACUUUGUUUCGUAACUCCUAACUUCCAUGUACAUUACUAAUUAAUAAGUAAUAAAAUUUUUAACAAAAAAUUUGUCGAAUAAUCUGAAUGGUUUCCUGAAAGAAAGGUUUCUGUUACAAAUUAUUCAAAAUAUUGCCGCGGUAACAAGUCUAUGUAGAAUUAUUGGUGUUAUUUUAAAUGUCUUUUCUUUCUCUUACUGCCUUUUGAAAUCCAUUAGUUCUCAUACAGCAAAAUAAAGUAUUGUUAUUUUCAAAUUCCCCAAAACAUGGUUUUUAUGUUUUUGCAAAGAUGUUUUUGAAAUGGAAAGAUAAAGUUAUAGUAACAACAGAAGUUAUUAUUUUCUGUAUGUUCUUAAAAACAUAGUAAUGUUGGAAAAUUUGAAAUGUUGUCAUUAAAAUAUUUCAUUUUGAUUGUAAAUAUUAUUUUUAUGAAAUCUGUUAACAACGUAAAAAUAAUUUUUAAAAAAAAAAACGAAUCUAUUAUAAAUAAUGGGAAUAUGAAAAUUAAGACAUUGAUAAUUUCGUUUUCGUGUCUCUUAUGGUGUUGAGAAUAACGCCAUCAAAUGCAGGUAAAUGAGUGAAAGUAGCACAAGGAGUCAUCCUACGUUUGAUAUAUUUUCAAUAAUUGGAAAAUCAAGAGUGUAAAUGUGAUGUUGCAAUGUACUUUUUUUUAAUCGUAGUCCUUUGAUUAAUUUAAUCUCUAAUAAAUAGAUGGCAGCACAAUAUUUACUACAUAAUACCACUCAAAAGAAAUUUUUGAGCGACUUUUCGGAAAUGUAAGUGAAACAUUUUAAUGGAGGUAGUAAAUAAACUGAUAAUUUUUGGGAGUAAAUAAAAAUAUGUUUGCCAGAUUUUGAAUCGUUAUUCUUCAUUGCAAAUAUAUUAAAUUUAAUAUGUUCGUUUAGGUUCUAUUAUAAUUUCUGCAGUAUAGUUUAUUAAUUUUUUUAAAUGGACGAGGUGCGUAUAUAUUUUCUGCUUUAAGGGUUAGGUUUAACAAAAUUAUCAUUCGUUUAUCUUUCAUUAAAUAUUAUGGUGGAAGAAGAGCCUGCAGUUAUACACCAAAUGCUCAGAAAAUUUCUAAUCUAUAUAUGUUCUUCGUUCCAGGAAAAAUUUAGAUUUGUAACAUCCAUCUUUCAGGAAACCAUUGAUGCAAUGAUGUUCAUUUUUAAAAAUAAAUGAGAAAAUAAUAUUUAUUUACAAUAUUUACUAAGCGGUGCUAUAUAGAGUAUAUUCGUCUAAAAAAAACAACAAAUGCAAUUGAUAACCAUGCAAAGUUUCAGAUUACAUAUUAUAUUUUGUUAUAAUUAUAAGUUACGUUGGGUGCAAUUAUUUUGUUGCACAUUUAAAGAUAUAUUUUUAAAUAUUCAUGUGUAUAAAGCUGAAUAUAUUCCAUAAUAUUUGCUCUGCUACUAUUAAAAAUGUGUUUAUUUGAAACAUCAUGUUGUUUCCUAAUUUUUGUUCUGUAAGCUUUCAAAGUCUUUCAAUUUUACCUUUAAAGCGUAACGUACGAUGUGCCUUUUAAUGAUAUUUUUGAGUAUUUACUGUGACUGUCAUACUGAAUAUUGCUCAUUCUUUGCACAUUGUUUACCUUCUAAGUUAUGAAUAUCGAUUAUUUGCACUUUCACUAGUUAAUCCAUAUGCAAUACACAAAUUAAAAACUCGUUACAAACUAAUGCUAAACGAACUUUUUAAAAGUCGAUUUAAUUACAAUAUAAUUCAAGAUAUUGUUUUAUUCCUUUGAUUUGAAUUACAAGCCUGAAAAAUUCGUUAUAAAAUAUUGAUAAAAGAACUUCUUAAACGUAGAGUUAAAAAGCGAAGCAUUGCUAAAUAAUUUAAAAUUUUUAUUUCUAACUUGAGUUACAAGACUUGCCUUAAAUAUAGCAAAAUGAUCUUAUUAAAUGUAAAGUGUGAAUGAGAAGCAUUACAUCACAAUCUAAAAAAAAUAUUUUGUUAUUUUUAUUUGAGUUAUAAAAUUGAAUUAAUGAUAACUUAAGGAGUGUAAUCUUUAGGAUAAGAGUAUAAAAUCCUUAAAAUACAAAAUAUUAAUAAACGUCCAAGUAAAUUUGGGUGUUCAGUUUGUUAGAUAUUUUAUCGAUAAUUGACAUAAUUCUUUAAUUCUUUGAAUCUCUAGUUUUUUCUUGAACUUUAUUAGAGUCAUAAUUUUAGUUCUAUUAUUUUGUUUUAACAUGUUUUAAAAGUGUGACUCAUUUGUGAAGAUUGAAAGAGUAUUUCUGUUAACAAGUUAAUUCUCUUUUAAAUAAAUAUGAAAAGAAUUUAAAAAUAUAAUGAAGCAAGAAUGUUUAAUCCGUAAAAUGUAUAAAACAGUUUUUUAAUCAUAUUAGAAAGCUGCAUAUUAAAAAUCUCACAGCAGAUACUUUAAAUUUUCUUGCAUCGUAACAUUUGAAAUAGAUUUAAAAUUUCACAUUAAGUAAAAUAUUCUAACAUUGCAGUUUGAGAAAAUAAACAGCGAAACAACUACAAUUUAAAAUUUUGAAGUUCUAAAUAUAAUAAUUGCUUUAUAAGUUUUCUUGAUUCAAUUAUAAAAUUAAAAGAAAAAUUCUUUUGUCGAAAGUUUCCAAAAAAGUCCAUUCUUGGUACAAUUUAAAUUAUACCAUAAGCAAAAAGAAUAGCUUUUCUUUCAUUAAAAAUUUUUUCAUUACGUAAAAAAGAUUUGUUUUUGUCAAAAAUUAUUUAAGUUACUAAUACACGUAAACAAUGAAUGCUCAAGUAAAGGAACUAUUUUAAAGUAAGUCUUUAAAAGUAUGCGGUCGUCAUAUAAUGUAUCAAAUAAUAAUAGUGCUCAGUACUUUUAAGUAACCGGGAUAAAAAGAAAAUUUAAAAUAUCAUUAACGCUAUUUCAAGAAACAAUAUUCUUUAAAAAUUGAAAAAAUACAAGUUAUUAUGCAAAUAUAAUAUCGAUAAGCUCAAUUCAAAUAAAUCUCACUAAUUUUUUUUAAAAUUAGUACAGAGAAGAGAGAGUUUUGUGCUAAGUUCUGGUAAUUGCUAUAAAGUAUACCUGUGCUUUCAAAAGUUUUAUAAGAUUAACAUUGAAGUGAUGCAAUAUUAGUAUGUAUAUAUAUACAAUACAUAGAAGAUUUGUAGUUGCGUAAGCUAUGUAGAAAAUUAGUAUUAAUUAAAAAGCUCCAGCAAUAUGAGCUUAGCCUUUUAUGUUUUAUAACUGCGAAUGAAUUCAAUAAUCCUGUUCACAAGGCUAAUAAGUUACAAUUAGCAUGCUUAAAAACAUUAUAUUCAAAUGACAGUUUGGCAUAAUUUAGAAUUUAUUAAAUAAAUUUUUUUCGCUUAAAAAAUAUUGUAAGUAACAAUUUAUCAUAAUGCAGUUAAAAUAAAAAUAAAUUAAUAUUUUAUUAAAUAAAUUUUAAAUGGUAAAUAUUUUUUUUAUAAUUCAGUUUAUGAUCUAACACACAGUCUGUAAAAAUAUUAAUAUUUGUACUAUAUCGAAAUAUAAAUAUUAUAUAAAACUUAGAAUUAUGUAUCAUAUAUAUAUUCACUAAUGUAAUUAAUAUGUUAGUAAAUUGAAGUACCUGAACAUGCUAACAGAUAGAUUACAAUUUCUUAAAUAACCUCCAAGUUUAUUAGGAAUACUAAAACAUUGAUAAUGAAUUAAUUAACAAUAUGCAUGAUUGUAAUAAGUAAGCAUCUGUUUUACCCUCAGUUCCAAUCCUUUAUUUUGUACAUAUUGAUAAUAAUAUAUUUUAAAUCCUUUUCUUAUAAAAUACAUUGUUAUUACGUUACUUUAUGUAAUAAGAAAGAAACUUCACGACUUAAAAAUAAUGUUUUGAAUCUAAUUAUACUAGAUUUGUCAUCAAUUGUAUUAUUUCAAGUUCUUUAAAAAAAUUUUAUAAUCAGUGAAAAAUGUAUGAUGUGCUUUAACACUGGAAAUAUUAGUAUUAUAAACAGUAAUCUCUCAAUCGUCCCUGGAUUUCGAUUAUCUCGACAUACUCUCAAAAAAUUGGUUCAAUAUUGAACCGUAAUAUCGGUAUCGUGUACUAUAAUAUGAUGCAAAUCUGUUGCAUCUUUAAUAAAGCAUUAAAUUUGGUAGAAUAGUUUAAGAAGAACGAUAAUAAUCUGAUUCAACCUCGUUGCAGCAAAUUUGAACGAUUUUAAGGUUUUACGGGCUAGUAAGUAUCUAAGAGAAUAAUUAUUCAGAAUUCGCUUUCUUUCGUUUCUUUUUUUUUUUUUUUUUUUUUUUUUGUGACAACAAAAUAUUUUUAAAAAUGCUCUAUGAAAAAUAAAGGGGAAGCAUAUUUUGAGGAAUAAAUAGCUGUUGAUCGAUUUUUCUUAUAUGUUUAUUCAUAUUUAAAUUUAUUUCUUAAGAAAAAUUCUUUUUUUUCUCGUAUGGCAUUAUCAUCGACUGCCGCACCAGCGAAUACAACGAAUAAUCGAAAUUUCACUGUACUUGCUGAUCGCGCGAAUACUCCACAUAUGAAAAUGAAUAGACUUCUAAUCGACUUGAU